UGGCCAUCGUGAGAACUGCACCGUCUUUGCAGAAUUGCAGACCUGACCCACCCGAUGAUCAAACAGCAAUUCACCGUGACAGGCCAGUCUUUGGCGACCCAGUUUCCAAAGCAGAGGCGUGUGAACCAGCAGGCUCUCUCUCUCUCCUAACCCAGGGCAGCACGCAACAUACCAAAAAGGGAAAGGCAAGCCCUGAACAGUGGUGCUAUUGAUUAUAGCAACAGUAGCGGAGUAGCUGCAGUCGAGUCAAACGAAGAGGGACAGAGGAGGGGUUUGGAAAUGAAGACAGAAGUCGACUUUUGGAUGCAGGUUGUGUGUUCACUGCUGUGCCUUGGCCUGGCCGGGGCACUUGCCGUGCUGCAGAAGGACCAGGUGGCCCAGCAUGCCAUCAAGCUUCAGCGAGGCCGAAGGGCCACACACGGCCACAGCUGGGUGGUCAGCAACUGCAAGCCGCUGCUGGGCCUUCUGCGGCAGAAGAAUGUGGUGGUCAGGAAGUUGGCAGCAGUUGCACACGCUGUUGGACGAGACCGGACCCUUUCAGAACCUGAGAGGCUCUUCCAGGUGCACACUCUGGAGGUUUUCCAAAAGGAGCUGAAUGAGAGCGAGCACUUGGUGUUCCAGGCAGUGUACAGCCUGCAGAGGGCGCUGCAGGGAGACUACAGAGAUGUGGUCAACAUGAAGGAGAGCAGCAGACAGAGACUAGAGGCCCUCAGGGAGGCAGCCAUCAAGGAGGAGCAGGAGUAUGUGGAGCUGGUGGCAGCUGAGAAGCACCAGCAGGAAGCUGUAAAGAGCGCUCUAGCCCAGAACAAGACCCUGUCCAUGCUGGAUGAGAUCCUGGAGGACGUGCGGAGGGCUGCCGACCGGCUAGAGGAGGAGAUAGAGGAGCACGCUUUUGACAACAACAAACAGAUGAAAGGAGUGAAUGUAGAGGCAGUGCUGAGAGUGGAGGAGGAUGAGGAGGACGGUGGGAAGAGGAAGAACAUGUCCAGGCGGAAGGAAGUCGAGGACAAUCUGGGCCUGAGCAUGCUCAUUGACUCCCAAAACAACCAGUAUGUUCUGACCAAACCACGAGACUCCACGAUGCCAAGAGCAGACCAUCACUUCAUCAAGGACUUGGUCUCUGUGGUGAUGUUGUCCCUCCCCUGUGGUUGGCUUUGCACUCUGAUGGGUCUCCCCCCCAUGUUUGGAUAUAUUAUAUGUGGGGUCCUGCUUGGUCCCUCUGGCCUGAACAGCAUCAAGUCCAUGGUCCAGGUGGAGACUCUCGGGGAGUUGGGCGUGUUUUUUACUCUCUUUGUGGUGGGACUGGAGUUUUCGCCCGAGCGCCUUCGCAAGGUAUGGAAGACAUCAGUGCAGGGGUCAUGCUACCUGAGCCUGCUGAUGGUGGGGGCCGGUUUGUUAUGGGGACAGGUCUUGCGUAUUCGUCCCACCCAGACUGUCUUCAUUUCCAGUUGUCUGUCCCUGUCCAGCACUCCCCUGGUGUCCCGCUUCCUUGCAGGAGGGGCCAGAGGGGAGAAGGAAGGUGACCUGGACUACAGCAGUGUUCUCCUGGGGAUGCUCGUGAUGCAAGAUGUUCAGCUUGGCCUCUUCAUCGCUGUCAUGCCAACUCUCAUCCAGGCACAGAGUGGAGACUUGGAUAGCGUUGUGUUCGGGGGUCUCCGUGUGCUCUCCCUCCUGGGCCAGGUCCUGGUCUCUCUGGCUGCUGUGCUGCUGCUGUGCGCGUUGCUUAAAUCAUUCCUGAUUGGUCCUUACUACAAGAAACUGCACGCCGAGAGCAAGGGAAACAAGGAGAUCCUGGUGCUUGGGAUGACGGCUUUUGUCUUUUUUAUGUUGAUGGUGACAGAGUUCCUGGAUGUUUCCAUGGAGCUGGGCUGUUUCCUGGCUGGAGCACUGCUCUCCUCUCAGGGCCACAUGGUUACUGCAGAAGUCAUGGGGUGCAUCGAGCCAAUCAGAGACUUCCUCGCCAUCAUAUUCUUCGCCUCUAUUGGUCUCCAUGUGUUUCCCACAUUUGUGUUAUAUGAACUCACCAUCCUGCUGGUGCUGACACUCUCACUCGUGAUUAUGAAGUUCCUGAUGGCUGUGGUGGUGCUGUCAGCUAUCUUGCCGCCAGGCUCUCGACACAUACGCUGGAUUGUGUCGGCUGGCCUGGCACAGGUCAGCGAAUUCUCCUUUGUGUUGGGCAGCCGCGCCCGUCGUGCUGGCAUCAUUUCCAGAGAGGUGUACCUGCUGGUUCUCAGCGUCACCACCCUGAGUCUCCUCCUGGCUCCAGUGCUGUGGAGGGUGACCACACACAGAUGGGUUCCCCGGGGUGAACGCAAAACAGUCACCUGACUAGACGGACGCCGGGGCCAACAGGCUCCCACGUUCUCCUGCAAAACGCAGAGUGGCAUCACGAGGAGCAGACAUGCGGUUCAGUCGGGAAUUUAAAAACUUCCUCAUGCCAACGCACAAUGUCAUGUAUGGCAUGCAUGUGAGACUGUUUUUUUUUUUUUCACAUUAUAGACGAAAUGUUCCUCUUGGGUUUAAAGACUGUGCCAGGUCAAUUAGCACCAAACCCCCUGGCUUUUUGAUGAAAAGUUGUGCUAAUUAAUGAAAUGAACUGUGGAGGAAAAGAGAAAAAUACUGAAAUACUGUAUAUUAAAACCUCUUCAAACUAAUCUCACCUAAUAUUCACACUUGGACGUGAAGCUACAGAAGUCUGUCCCAUAAAAGGCUCUGAAGAUCAGUCAUCUUUUCUCCUGCAUAACCUGGAGGAACAUGCCUAUAUUAAAGGAAGCAUCUGUUUUGCCCACCAGUGUUAUAUGGUCCCACUUGAUAAAUUGUAACAAAGCUAGCAACAUCACCGAUCCACUUUCCUCUUAUACUCUUUCAAAUCAGCAAUCUUGAAGGCUUCGAAGCAUCUUCAGCUUUAAUGAAUCUUAAAUUGUGUACUUUGGAAGUCCACAUUUGGCCCUCUCAAGUGAGAUAAAUUGGAAAGUGGGAAACAAAACACUCGCUGUCCUCGCAGCUCUGAUAUUUUUAUGGGCUUUCCCUUCAAUAUGCAUGCUUUUAAAAAAACAAACAAACAAACAAAUCAGAUGUUUUCUUUGUCCACAAUCGCUGAGACCGACAUGGUAUAAAAUCAUUUUCGUUUGGUUUGUCAUUGACUCUCUGCAUUCUGUCUUUCUAUCUUUGAACCUUAUAAUUUAUUUCAGCACCUUGUAGCCAGCACAUGGACCAAAUAUGAAGCUUGGACUCAUUUUGUGCUGUUUUUUUUUUUUUUUACAUUUAGAGCUGAAAUAUUUGAUUUUUGUAUUUUUUUUUUUAUCAAGAGUGCACUUUCCUGUGUUUUAAAAUGGCCUUCAUCUUCAUUUGAUCUUUGUCUCAAGUGGUAGUGUUUCUGACAGAUAUGUGGUUGCACAUGACUGAUUGUGUUUGUGCUGUAUUUGAUAGAAGUAACAUGUAGGAUUUCCUCAUCAAGACACCGCCAGGAAUUUAGUUGGGUUGACACAUUCUAAUGAUUUGUAGAAACCUACAACCGUUGCUUUUGCAAAGAGUAAGAACUGUUUCAUUCUUUGAUUUUCUUCAAUGGGAUCCAUUAGGAUUAAUAUCUUGCAGAAUUUAACGUAAACUCCGCACAGUGCACAAGCAGCAGAGAGCGGAAAUAAUGAAAUGAAAUGUGAAGUGAACAUACUUCUGAUGUCACAGUUUAUUCAGCAAUGUUAUAUUUAGAGGUUAUCCUUUUUAAGUUAUAUGAGAAUGUCACACUUAUGUGCCUGCUCAACAAAAUACAGACCUGUCCUACCAAAUGUGGGACUGCACUCCUUUGGCAUCCUCUAAAUGUCUUACCUUUCAUAAUGUGCCGUACAGGCAACACAGCUCCAUGUCAUAAUUCACGUCAUGUUGUAUUCUUGUUUUUAAACAUUCCUCCUGACGAGUGCUGACAGAGAGGGGCAUUUUAAUUUAUUUCCUCAAAAAGACUGAAUUUUCAUAUUUGUACUGUGGGUGGUUGUGAGUGAGACUUCCAGGCAAAAAGGGAUACUGUUUUCAUCAAAAUGUUACUGUACAUCAUGUAUUUUUAAAUUGCUGAAUUAUUCUUUCCUUUAUUUAUUAAAGGUGGUAUGACUAA